GCGCGCCCCGCCAGCUGGACAUGUUUACACUCGGAGCCUAACGGCUGCCGCCGCCAGCUCGGCCCGUUACCGGCGGCUGUUGUUUUAAAUGCUUCCCCUCCUCCUCUAAACAGCGGCCGGGUGGUUGAUGGUUGAACAAGUUCGGCGAUGAACGGCACCGCACAGCCGGCGCUGGGCAAGGAAGAACAUGUGCUGAAAUUGGGCGAGAGCUUCGAGAAACGGCCCAAGAGCUCGUUCCACACCAUCCGCUAUGAUUUUAAACCAGCAUCCAUUGACACCUCUUGUGAAGGUGAGCUGCAAGUUGGAAAAGGUGACCAAGUCACCAUAACUUUGCCACACAUCCCAGGCUCCACUCCUCCAAUGACUGUGUUCAAAGGUAAUAAAAGGCCAUAUCAGAAGGAUUGGGUACUUAUCAUUAACCAUGAUACUGGAGAGUUCGUGCGAAAGCUCAGUAGCAGUAUACAGGUGAAGAAGACUAGAGCUGAAGGGAGCAGUAAAAUCCAGGCUCAAUUGGAAUCACAGGCAGUGAGAAGAUCUCAGCCGCCUUCGCAGUUUAGAGCCCCAAAUAAGCCAUCUACUGGGCCAAAAACAUCUCCCUCAAAGGACAAUCCAUCACCUGAACCACAACUUGAUGACAUAAAAAGAGAACUGAGAGCUGAAGUUGAUAUAAUUGAACAGAUGAGUAGCAGCAGUAGUUCCUCAGAAUCUGGAAGCUCAUCUGGCAGUGAUGACAGCUCCAGUAGUGAUGUGGAAAAUGAAGCUCACCCAUCUACACUGCCACAGCUGCAAACACAUCAACAAUCCCAAUCCCAUCAGCAACAGCAGCCACAGAACUACAGUAACAGAAUUGCUGCUACAAAUGGCACCAGCAGACCAGGAAGCAAUCAGCUUAUGACCACACUGAGAAAUGACUUGCAAUUGAGUGAAUCUGGGAGUGACAGUGAUGAUUAAAGUCUGAGGAAAAUGGACAACCUACCUCCAUAAUGAUCCAACAGGAGAAGUUUGCUGAUGCAUUAGCUAGAUUAGAGAUUUUGUGUAAAACAUUUGUGUGUGUGUGUGUGUGUCCUUACUGCAGUUUUAAUAUCAAACAUGGGGUGAUGAAUGCAGUAUGUUUUCAAUGUAUUUAAUUGCUUUUUAAAAGUUAGAGACAUUAAUUUUACUUGUAUAUUUUGUCACAUUCUAAUUCAUUUUCUGAAGGCUUGUUGAUCUUUUAAAUGAACUAAAUGGUAAACUUGCAUAUUCAAAACCACCAAAUAGAAAUAGACUUUGAUGCUCAAUCAUGCAGAAGACCAAUGUUUACCUUGCAUAUUAAAGCUAAUUAUACAAUAAGUUUAUAUAUCAAAACAGAUGGUGCACAGUGUAGAAAUCCUUUGGCAGAGCCGAUUUCCACAAAUACCAAGAUGACUGUGAGGUUACAGGCAUUAAGCUGGGUGGUUUAUGGUGUUUAAUGGUGGGAACCAAUAAUGGAUGCAAACCUGAAUUUAAGAACCACAGAUGUGCAUUGACAACUGGAGAAAUUACCAGCAACAUUUUCCUAAAUCUUUGAAUUUUGCUGGUGAAACAAGUUGCUAGACUAGGCUUUAAUUUCCAAAAAACACGACAUUUUGUGGCAUAAAAAUCAUGUGUUUGUAAUACAUCUUGAGCAGCAUAACUAUCUUUUUUAAUAGAAGAAUUUGUGUGAAACUGGAUAUUCUGACUGAUCUUCCAUACUGCAGUUUUAGCAUUUCUUUACACAAGUGGCAUUUGUCGCUAUUUGACCUGUUCAGUUGGAAAAUGUUUUAAUCGGUGAUGAUUUUAAAAAAAUAAUUUAAUCCAUGAUGCUUUUCAAUUUUGUAUCUAUGAAACAGGGGGAAAAAAAAGCAUUACUACUUAAGCCUGAUGCUGUCUGUUAUCCUCCUGUUCACAAAUGCUAUAUGUCAUUACUGGCCAGAGUGAGUGGGCUGGUGAUCUGCUCCCAGACCUCCAUCACCUAACUCAGCAGUUUAAUUGCUGCAUCUAUUUUUCCAAAAUUUGUCAGCGUUCUUCCUAGUAACACAAGUUAAAGACCUCAUCAUCUGUGGUUAUUGAUUUGUGUCUGCAUGUGCCUGUGAAGGAUCAUUCAAAAUUUCCACUUGAAACAAAUUUGGUACCAAUCUGCCAUUGUAUCAAUCUUAAUUGGUCUUCAAAUUCUGACAGUUAAAUCCUUUGAAUAAAAAAGAUUUCUAUAUCAAAGUGAAGCAUCCAAGAUUUUAGUAAAUUUAGAAAAUUACUAUUUAAUAUGUUCUAACAAGAUUAAUGUGUAGGACUGUAAACAGAUACUGAAUGCUUCAGUUGGCCAAACCAUGAAGCUGUGAAUUAAAUAUGAAAUGGCAGUAGAUGCAUUAAGAAUUUGUUAUAUCCUGUUAAAUAAUAAAUGGAGAAAUAGUGA